AUGGCGGCUUUGCCUCCGGAGCUUGCAACCCUACUCAGCGCUAGACCUCUACAUAUUGCCUCCCAUCUGCCUAAGAGAAAUACUCUCGACACAUCAUCAAUCAUCAAAUCUACGCUCAGCCUACAAAAAAGAAACUAUUCGUUCCUCCAUCCGUCCGGGAAAGCAACAGGGGACUUGCUAGUCGAAGAACUGCAAGACCUCUACGAGGCUGCAACGGAUGAGUUCGAGAUCGCUACCGAUAGCACGGACAGCGCGACGAUCUACGCCGCGUCGGAUCGUGAGUCUGCGCGGGAUGCGUUGAAUCAGUUUAUUGCUGUUUACCAUCUUUAUAGCGCGAAGCCUGGGGAGAAGAUGGAGGGUGUUGGUCAAGGGGGAGUAUGA